UCAAUUUCCGAAUAACUUCUCUUAACCCACCAAACAUUACUCACCUUGCAGCCUUGCUUGCUAGUUGCUUCCUCCCCCUCUAUAUAAUUCCUUCUGCUUUCUUCUUUUCAUAUAUAGCUCUAUCUAUCUGCGAUCAUGGCCGCCAUGAAUAAUGCUCUCUUGCUCGCCUUCUGGUUCGGGCUGUGCUUGGUGUCCAUAACCGCUGAGCUGCCCAGAUUUCAACACCCGCCCAAAGACGAUGGCUCCAUCAGCUUUCUGGUGGUUGGCGACUGGGGAAGACGAGGCCAGUUCAACCAAUCCCAAGUCGCUCUUCAGAUGGGAAGGAUCGGGGAGGAGCUAGACAUCGACUUCGUGGUCUCGACCGGCGACAAUUUCUACGAUAAUGGGUUGACUGGAGAGCAUGACGCCGCGUUCGAGCAGUCGUUUACCAGAGUCUACACCGCCACCAGCCUGCAGAAGCAGUGGUACUCCAUAUUGGGGAACCAUGAUUACAGGGGAGAUGCGGAAGCACAGUUAAGCCAUCUGCUCAGGAGAAUCGAUACCAGAUGGCUUUGCUUAAGAUCUUUCCUCGUUAAUGCAGAAAUAGCGGAGUUGUUCUUGGUGGAUACGACGCCCUUUGUGGACAUGUACUUCACCGAUGCCGAGGAUCAUACCUAUGACUGGCGAGGUUUCACUUCUCGGGAGCUUUACACCGCAACCCUCUUGAAGGAAGUGGAGUCAGCAUUGAAGGAAUCGAGGGCCAGAUGGAAGAUAGUGGUGGGCCAUCACGCAAUCAGAAGUAUUGGCCAUCACGGGGACACCCCGGAGCUCGUCCGCCGUCUGCUCCCUAUUCUUCGGGCUAAUAAUGUCGACUUCUAUAUGAACGGGCAUGAUCAUUGUCUAGAGCACAUUAGCGACACUGAAAGCCCCAUCCAAUUCUUGACGAGUGGAGCAGGGUCCAAGGCAUGGAGGGGAGACGUAAAAGGGCUCGACAGACACGGCCUGAAGUUCUUCUACGACGGGCAAGGCUUCAUGUCGGUGCAAAUCACGCGCACCGAAUCAACCAUUGCGUUCUACGAUGUGUUUGGCAGAGUAUUGCACAGAUGGCAUGCGUCCAAGCAACUUCACUCCCCAAUAUAGUUGUUAUAGGCAUAUAGUGUAUGAUGAUGAUGAUGCUGCCGCCUAUAUCUGUGUAGAUGAUUUACCACCACCAAGUCCCUGCCUGCCCCAAUUUCACAGUGAUGUUAAUUGCAGAUUAGUGGGCAUUUGUGGAGGGAGGGAGGAGAAUAGGGAUUGGGAUUAUUGUUUAGGAGGGAUGGGCGCAAGUGAUUCCUGUCCUUUUCUUUCACCAAUUUUUCAAGAACUUAAGAUGAAGAAAUCCAAAGUGGAAAUAGAGUUAAUUGAUAAUGUUGAUUCAUUAAUGAAAAAAGUACAAGUAAAAUGCACUCAGAUUCUUUUAUAA